UACGUGUAUAAUGUAUCAAUGAGUAUUCAAAGCAGAGUAGUAAUAUCGAAUAUGAAUUAGGUUCCUUUGUUCCUAAGAACUUAACUUGACUAAUAACUUAUUGGAUUUGUUUAGAAUAAUUAUGUUUAAAGUGAUUUAGGUGAUUUAAAAUGUGAGACGAUGAAGUAGUUUUAAACGAAUAUAUUUUUUAAUUAAUUUAAGACUGUAUUGCUGUUAUUACAUUUUGUCAUAUUGGACAAUAUGAAUCAAAUUGAAAAUUGGUUGUGAUGAGUUCGUCCCUGUUGACAAUGAUACAUAAAUAGUGAACUUCAAAAGUAUAAGAUUGAUCGAAAUAAUAUUUAUAAAAUGUCGAUUUCGAUCAAAAUUAUGGUUUUUUUAAACGAAUAAAAAUAAAAAUAUAAGGAGUAUGUAGAAAAAAGAUCUUCGAGAUAUUUAGCAUCUAUUGCGUUCACUCUAUACAAAAUUUAUAAAAUGUUUUAUAGAAAUAUUUGUUGUUUCUAUAAACAACGUUAUAUGUUAAAAUUUGUUAUUAUAAGAUGUGUAUAUAUUUGUUAGGAAUACGUAGUUUUUACAUAAUUAACAACUAGUAUCAUACUUUAUAAGUUUUAUCUACUUACUUCUUAUAUAUGUAUCUAUGUAAAUUACGGAUAUAUGUGAAACUUCUCUUGGAAUUAUUAAACAUGUUGAACGUAAUUGAUCUUCCUGAUAUUGUGCUGGAGACUGUUCUCUCUAACCUCACUUACGAUGAAAUUUCUAGAUACAGAAUUGUAUGUAAACAAUUUGAUCGAAUUUGUAAGAAACUACUAAAUCGUGGUUUCAAUCUUAUGGAAAAAUAUCAUGCACAAUGUCUACGUGCAGUAAAAAGUCAAUUACCACGUAGAGAAUCUGAACGAAGAAGUCAUCCCUUAGCACGUCAUUGCGAUAUAUUAACAGCAAUAGAGACAAGAAUAUCGAUGUUAUCAAUGACAUUUAUCAAAUAUGUGGAUUUAAACUUAUGUUGCUUCAUUCCUGGAAAAGUAAUCGAUGAAAUAUUUCGUGUCCUCCGUUUGAUUCGUGAUUCAAAGACUCCACCUAGAGCGCAUGAAAUACUGCAAGAAUUACGUGAUAUUAGUAGUAUGGCUAUGGAACACUUUGAUGAAAAAAUUUUACCAGAUUUAAAACACAGUAUUUGUACAUCUGUUGUUAGUAAUGUGGGUUCUUAUGAACUGCCUGGUGGAAGUUUAAUGAUUUCACAUCAUACUGCAAGUUCAAAUAAUACUACAUUAUCGCAUAGUUAUAGUACAGAAAAACUAAACCAAACAUUUAAGAAGAUUUAUAGUCGUACUAAAAGAAAUAAAAUUUCUGUAACAUUUGUAAAAUUUGAAUUAACUAAAAUGAAAUUAAGAAUGAGAAAACAAAUGAUUCAAAUGCGAGUCCAAAAUUUGAAACUUCAAAAGCAAGCAAAAAAGAUUCAUGAUCAAGAUACACAGUUGGCAGAAAUGAGAAAGCAUCUGGAAGAAUGGGAACAAAAAAUGGGUGAUUUAACUGCUGAAUUAAGUAGGGCAAGGGAAGAAACACAAAAGCCUGAUUCUAUAGACACUUGCAAAAGAAAACAUAUUGAUAUCAUCAAUCAACGUGACUCUGAUUCCCUUCAAACAAAAGAAUUAGAAGCUAAAAAGCGUAAAUUAAUUGUAGAAAGAAAACCUUCAAAUGAUGCAAAAGAUGUCAAAUUUAAAAAGUUUAUAUCAGAUCUUCUUGCAGGAAAUACAGUAGAAGGAUACCCAUCUACUUCACACUAAAUCUUUUCUGUAAAUAGUAAGGUCUUGUUCAAAGGCAUGUUCUAUUAUAAUAUUGUUAAUUUUAUACUGUGCAUUUUGAGUUAUUAUUUAAUAAAUAUAACCAAUUAAAUUUAUACAUAUUUACACUAUGUUUAAAUUAUACAAAUUUGUCAAAAAUAAGUAGUACAGUAUUUUAUAAAUUUAAUCAUAUCUCAGAGAUAUUCAAAUAUCAUAUAUUAAUAAAAAAAGAUUUAUCCCUUCUAUACUACAUUCCUGGCAUAGAAUUAAUAUCUCUUAUAGAUCAGGUCAAUAAUAAUCAUAUCUUUCUUUGAAGAGUAAAAAUGUGAUAAACUGUAUUAUAUAGAAAAGAAAUUGGAUGGAUUAUAGAUAACUUUAACAUAGAUAUAAGGAGUGAAUGUACAUUUAAACUUUUAAAAAGAAUUAUAAAGUUCCAUGCUGAAAUGAAAUUCAUAGGUAUAGUAUCUUUUAUAAAAAAUUCUCAAUCAUAAAUUAUUUAUAAGUUAAAUUUGUUUGAAUUCAAUUUUAGAUCACUCAUUGUACAUUUUCCCCUGAAUCUUCCUGGAAUAGUGAUUCUUUAUGGACUUCUUCUGAAUUUUCACUGCUUAUAGGUUCAACAGGUAGAGAGUCUGAUGAAUUCUCAUAUAAUAUUGCGUGUGCACUUUGUAAAUAGCUUUGUUGUUUCUUUUUAAUCUGCUCUCGAGCAUUAAAUUUUCCUACUUCUGGUAAGACAAAGUUAUAAAUCAUAUCUGCUAUCAUUUCUUCUUCUGCAAGAUCUGUCAUACUGGAACAGUUUUAAUUAAUAUUAAUACAUUGGUAUUUGUUGAUACACACAUACUUCGUAUUUUAUUAAGUAUACUAUUAAUAUUUAAAUUAUAUUAAUGAACAAUAAAACUGUGUGAUAACAUA